AUUGAGUUGAACACUGAAAUGCGGAAAAAGGCGGCAAAUGCUUUUGAAAUUGCAUUUUUCAAACUAAUGAACAAUGCCGUCUUUGGGAAAACAAUGGAGAACAUGCGGAAACGCAUCCGUAUUGAGCUAAUCUCCAGUCCCGAACGUCUAAGCAAGCUCGUAAACCAACCAACCUUCAACGACUGUAUCAAAUACGGUGAAAGGUUGUGCGCCGUCAUAAUGGACACAAAGAUGGUCAAGUUUAUCAAACCAAUAUACGUCGGUUUAGCAGUGCUUGACAUUAGCAAGACGCUAAUGUACAAGUACUUCUACGACGUAUUGAAACCACAUUAUGGCAGUGCAAUCGAAUUGGUUUACAUGGAUACUGACUCCUUCAUAUACCUGCUCAGAGUAGGCGACUUCUACCAGGAUUUAGCUGGUAGCCCCGAUUUACUGGUGCACGUGGACGCAUCUAGCCUGCCCAAGGAUCACCCUUGCUACUCCACCGAUAGAAAGAAGAUGCCCGGCUUGUUUCAGACGAGACCAGUGGCCUCACUCUCUUUGAGAUCGCUGCACUUGGAUCAAAGGGAUCCGCGGACACGUCGUUCGGAAUCAUCUGUCUUUGGACGANGCGGACACGUCGUCCGGAACCAUCUGUCUUUGGACGAUUACAAACGGUGUUUGUUUAAAGACGAUGGUGACGAUGGUGACGAUGCGUCAAAACGAGCAUUGGCUGGAGAAAAUGCCCGUGCGGUCAUCGGAGUGAUACGUGGUGGCGAGUCUCCACCGACAUUGGCGCUACCCUACACUCCGUACCGACAGAACGUGUCAAUCCGUUCGUUUGAGCACGAGGUACGGACUUUACGUACAACCAAGUUGGCGCUUAACCGUUUUGAUGAUAAGCGCUACACGCUCAACAACAGAAUCGACACGUUGGCCCACGGGCAUUAUGCUAUACCGCCACCGGAAGACCUAUAGUUUUUA